AUCCGAUGUCAUAAGUCUUGAUGCCUGCCGGCAUACGACACGCGUUUCCGUAUAGUUCCUAAAUUAUGCGUUAUGUAGUAAGUCUUAGUCAUGGAUAAGUAAUUUUUUUUUAAUCACACGAGGAGUAACUAUCCAUUGAAAUUGGUUUUGUGAUUCAAAUAUUUUGGGGCCAAAAUGAGUGCGUCUUACGGUGCCACAGAAAACCUGGUGGAGAAGGAUGUUCAAACGGACGUGAGAACUCUUCAAAGCGAGCCUUACAGGCGAAGGCGAUGGCUGGUCAGUCAAAACGUCAUAUUCGGUAUAGGCCAUGUCUACAACGAUCUCUGUGCGGCCAUGUGGUUCUCCUACAUGAUGCUAUUCUUCCAAGCGGUGCUCGAAAUGCGAGCUGCGGUCGCCGGCGCCAUGCUGCUUCUAGGUCAGGUCGUUGAUGCAUUAGCGACGCCGGCUGUGGGUAUACUUGCAGAUAAAUAUGGCACAAAGAAAUCCUGGCAUUUGACAGGAUCGAUCCUAGUGAGCUGCACCUUUCCCCUUCUCUUCAUACGAUGUUGGGGCUGCUGGAUGAAGGCAGACGACAGCUACCUGUCCUGGUGGAUGCCGUUCUACUACGCAACCCUCAUCGCCUUCUUCCAAAUAGGAUGGGCUAUCGUCCAGAUCUCGCAUUUGGCCAUGAUACCAGCUAUAACUGAUAAUCUGCAAGUCAGGUCGGAGCUGACCUCGAUAAGGUACAUGGCCUCAGUGAUAUCCAGCCUGCUGGUCUACCUCAUCACGUGGGUGGUGUUGAGAGCAACCAAUUACAGCACAUUCAUUGGUCCCACAGACGACUACAAGUUCAGAGAUGUGUCAUUAAUAAUUUCAAGCAUCGGAAUUGCGGCAUUCACCUUUUUCCACUUGCUAUUCAAAUUGAGAGGUAACAAGGAGUCUAAGACGAAUGGCCACGCCACCAAUGGGACCACCACGCUAAUGACAGCAGCUGAAGAAGACACUGCAACGGCUGGGAAGAGUAAAAUUAUGCACUUUCUACAAAUGCCGUUGUUGUACCAGACUAGUUUGCUAUACGUCUUUUCCAGGCUGUACUGGGCCCUCAGCUUGGUAUACGUCCCCCUGUUCCUAGAAGAACGAUUGUCCGUCAACCCCACUCAGGGGUCAGAACUGAUCGCAAGCGUUCCUCUAGUCCUGUACAUCUCUUCUUUUUUCUUCUCCCUCCUUCUCAAGAGCAAGAUUAGCAGUUGCGGCAAUCAGAUAGCCUAUUUAAUUGGAAGUUCCCUGAGCCUGAUCAGUUGCCUUUGGAUAGCAUUGGCUAUCGACCCAGAAGCCAACAUUGUGCAAAUAUAUUUAGUCGCCACACUUAUUGGUGCUGGUAGUUCCAUAACACUAGUAUCAAGCCUAUGUGUCACCGCUGACUUGAUCGGACCUCAUUCACACCAAGGAGCUGCCAUCUACUCAAUAGUGACCUUUGCAGAUAAGCUGGUUACUGGCAUAGCCGUCGUCGCUAUUGAAAACUACAAAUGUGAUAAUGUGGAGGAUUGCCCGCAGUAUUACAGAGGGGUGCUAACCUACGCCUGCGGCGGCAGCGCCGCUCUUGGCAUCAUUUGCUUGUCAAUCACAAAACUAACAAACCGGCGAAAACAUGGUCAAUCAAACAAUAAAGUAUGAUAUGAAUUUAGCAUUUA